AUGGCAAAGUCAGGCAAAGGCAAAGGUGGGAAGAAUAGAAGAAGAGGAAAGAAUGACAGCAGUGGCCAGAAGAGGGAGUUGAUUCUCAAAGAAGAAGGUCAGGAGUACGCGCAAAUCACCAAGAUGUUGGGUAACGGUAGGAUCGAAGUGCAGUGUUUUGAUGGCGCCAAGAGGAUGGGCCACAUAAGAGGCAAAAUGAGAAAGAAGGUCUGGAUGGGCCAAGGUGACAUUAUCAUGGUGAGUUUGAGAGAUUUCCAGGACGACCAAUGUGAUGUUGUUCACAAGUACAACUCCGAUGAGGCCAGGUCGUUGAAGCAGUUGGGCGAGUUGCCAGAAAAUGCCAAGAUCAACGAAACAGACACCUUCGGUGCGGACGACGACGAAGAUGUCAAUUUCGAGUUCGGUGGAGCCGACGAGAGCGAGUCUGAGGACGACGAGUUGGACAUCGAUGAUAUUUAA